AUGGAGCUUUUUCCUGAAGAGUUAACAAACGCUUUUGAAUUUAAGGAUCACCUCAAUUUUGGAGGUUAUGGAACUAUCUAUAGAGCCAUGAAGAGAAGCAAUAGAAAAAUGUACGCAAUAAAGGCUGUAGCCAGAGCUAGCACAGGGUCAAGCUGGAAGGACAUUGGAGCUGAGUUGCAAGUACUCUCAUGGGUCAAUCCAUAUAAGCUUCGCUUAGACUCUUUUUUUGUUAAAGACGAAACUUUCUUCAUGUCAUAG